GUAUUGCGUUAGGGUUUUACCUCUUCUUCUUCCUCAUUCUCGUUCUUCCAACAAUGGCCGAUACUAGCUCCGUUGACGCCUCUCUGUGGUGGGACUCAUUCACUCUCCUCCUUACAGAGCUCGAGAAUUCCUCUCUAUCUUCAGAUCUCCCACCCAAUUUGGCGAAGAAGUUGAAGGACAACCAUUCCUGGUUCGUGGAUACACUUUCGCGCUUCAAGUCGCCGAAUCAGAAAUCCAAGGAAGCUCUCAAUUCGAAGAAACUGAAGAUUGGACAUCACCAGCUGACUAUUCUACCUCACCUUAAAGAUAAAACUUUGCAGACUAGCUCCUUCUUGCUACUAGAUGAGGUUCAAUCAUAUAUACUUGUUGAAAGGUUCAUCAAACGUAACAAUGCAGCUGCUGAUUCCAUGUCUCCAGGGUUUCUUCACAUGAUGCUAAUUCAAUAUUACAAGGAGCGACAGUGCUUGCUGAAAUGCAUCAGGUGGAUUAUCAUGCAUGCUAUAUACAUUGGUUCUGUGUCUGAAGACAAUAUUGUGAAGGAGGAAGCAAGAAAGCUCUUUCAUGAUGGACUGGAAAGUAAAUUAGUAUCAUUUUUUGAGGACCAUUUGUCUUGCAGCUACCCAGAGCAAAUGGAUGUUGAUCUUUUUACUCUGUGGGCUGAGGAGACUCUAAUUGAAGACAACUUGGUUUUAGACAUCGUUUUCCUGGCAUAUUAUGACUCAUUUUGUAUCUGUAGUGGUGAAGUAUGGAAGAAGUUUGGUUCUCUUUACAAGGGGAUCUUAGCUGGUGAAUAUAACUUGGGAAAGCUGGCAAUUACUACAGAAGCACAACAGUUGUCUUAUAAUGCCAAAGUUCAGCUUCUGCUAAUUUUAAUAGAAACCCUGAACUUAGAGAAUCUUCUUCAAAUGGUUCAUGAUGAAAUACCUUACAGGAAAGGUGUGUCUAUUUUUCCCUUGACUGAUGUCCAAGGGAUGGAUGCACUAGUUUCUACACUCAGUGCUUUUGAGAUGAAUGAAGCUGGUCCUCUAGUUCUAGCGUGGGCAGUGUUUCUUUAUUUGCUCUUGACACUUCCCGAAAAAGAUGAAAAUAAUGAGCUAAUGGAGAUUGAUCACAUUGGUUAUGUUCGUCAAGCCUUUGAGGCUGGAUCCUUACGUUAUUGUCUUGAAAUUUUUCAGUGUGACAUUUUGAAGGAUUAUGAUGGCCCAGUGGCUGGUUAUCGCAGUGUCUUGAGGACAUUCAUAUCUGCAUUUAUUGCAUCUUAUGAGAUCAACCUUCAGUUACAGCCAGAGGACAGUAGCCCCACUUUGAUACUGGAUAUUCUUUGCAAGAUUUACCGUGGAGAGGAAUCACUAUGUAUUCAGUUUUGGGACAAGGAAAGUUUUACAGAUGGUCCAAUUCGGUUUCUUCUUUGCAACCUAGAAAGUGAGUUCCCUUUCAGGACAGUCGAACUCGUACGACUCCUGUCAUCCCUUUGUGAAGGAACUUGGCCUGCAGAGUGUGUGUAUAACUUCCUCGAUAGGUCUGUUGGUAUAUCAUCCUUGUUCGAGAUUAGUAGUGAUUUGCAGGCAGAUGGCGUCUCUGGUAUAGUUGAGGCACGGAAGGCAGUACGAGUUCCUGGGAUUGAAGGUUUGUUUAUUCCUGCUGGAACUCAUGGCCGUGUCUUGAAAGUUGUUGGAGAGAAUACUGUCCUUGUACGAUGGGAGUAUGCAACAUCUGGAUUGUUAGUGUUACUCCUACGUUUGGGCCAAGAUAUGUAUUUAAAUAGCAAGGAGGAAGCUGUUUUCACUCUUGACCUGUUCAGUAGAUUGGUGUCCUUUAACACUGCUGUUUGUUUUGCUGUGAUGGACAUUAGCAAUUCUCUGCAAAAUCAUGCUAUUGGCUUGAUGAAUGAGAAGGUUGAAAAGAAUGUCUGGGUGGUUGAGAUAAUUUGCAAUCUGGUCAGAAACCUUCCUCUAAAUUCCUGUGGUGCUGCACUUAUGUCAAUGGGCCUCAAGAUUUUGAGGAUUAUGUUGAUUUGUUCUCCAUCUAAUGUUACAGCUGUGACUCUAAACGCAAAUCUAUUUGAUAUCACUUUGCAGACAGGUGUUUUCAGUGUAGGCAGUAAUGAUUUGUCAAGUGGAUCAUGGUUGCUCUCUGGCAAACUGGCUAGAAUGCUUUUAAUUGACUGUGAACAAAACAGUAAUGACUGCCCCUUAGCAAUAUCAGUGCUUGACUUCACCAUACAGCUUGUAGAAACCGGAGUAGAGAAUGAUGCUCUCCUGGCUUUGAUCAUUUUCUCUUUGCAGUAUGUCCUAGUCAAUCAUGAGUACUGGAAAUACAAGAUGAAGCAUAUUAGAUGGAAAAUAACAUUGAAGGUUCUUGAGUUGAUGAAAAAAUGCAUAAUAUCAAUGCCAUAUUAUGGAAAAUUGGGUGAGAUCAUUCGCAAUGUGUUGUUCACUGAUUCUUCCAUCCACAGCACGCUCUUGCAAAUUGCUUGCACUACUGCACAUACCUUGGAGAAAUUGCAUGUAAGCCGCCUCUUUGAUCCAAUGGAAAUUGAAGGGUUACAGCUUGCUAUAGGUUCUGUUUUGGACAUUCUUUCAGUCAUGCUGACCAAACUUUCUAAGGAUACAUCAUCAAGCUUUCCUGUUUUUCUUCAAGCAGUGUUCUCAAGCACAACCAAGCCAGUUCCUGUUGUGACUUCUGUUAUAUCAUUGAUUUCAUACUUCCGAGAUCCUGCCAUCCAAUUAGGUGCUGUCAGGUUUAUUUCAACAUUAUUUGCCGUAGCAGAUUGUAUUCAACCAUUUUCAUAUGGAACUACUUGCUAUGCUCCAGAUAAUGAGGAGAUCAUAGAUUUGCGGCACUCUGUGAGCUACAUAUUGCGGGAACAAUCGAUAUCAAAUGAAGAUCUCUUUGUUGCAACUGUUAAUCUGUUUACUUCUGCAGCACAUUACCAGCCGUCUUUUACUGUUGUUAUCUUCGCUCCAGAGGAAAACAAUGAAGAUCAUAGUAUUGAUGAUGCAAAGCUGCAAAGGAAUGAAACUUCUCUUGUACCACUAGAUUCUAAAAAGUCAAGUCUAAUAGUUUCACUUAUGCACUAUAUUGAAAGGGCAGAUGAUCUGAUCAAGAGCAAUCCCCGCAUACUGCUUUGUGUACUUAACUUUAUGGUUGCCUUAUGGCAAGGGGCUCUCCAGUAUGCAAAUCUCUUGGAAUCUCUAAGAAGCCAUGGAAAGUUCUGGAAGCACUUGGCCAAUGCAAUCUCUAAUAUUGCUAGCAGUGAAACGCCCCUACUUGACACUCUGAAAGAAAAAGAUGCUUUCAAUCUGGCAUAUAGUUUCCAUUGUCAAUCUGCCAUACUGGCAAUCAUGGCAUAUGAAUUAUUCUUGCAGAAAAAGUUAUUGCAUGCAGAGUCGCUUGUGAAGGAUGCAGCUGAAUCUAAGGAAAAGGAGCAAAAUGCCACAAAAAGUGAAAAAUCUAAAGCCACAGAUUUUGAUGAUCUUAAGGGAAUCUGGUCUUCAUGGUUCAAUGACUGUGUUUUAGAGAAACUAAUAAAGUCAUAUACUUCUUGCGUAUAUAAUAAUGAUAUAUAUUAUGGUGCAAAGGUUGCUACCAGCUUAUUCUCUGCUCAUGUGAUGGCAAAACUAGCUGUUAGCGACUCUGGAAGUUUAUCUGUGUCAUUGCUUCAGAAGAUUCAUGGAAUUGCGGCGAAGUUGAGCAUUCAUCCUGCGUUCUCUGAAUUGCUAUCUCAGUAUUCACAGCGUGGUUACAGCGAGGGGAAGGAACUAAAGAAGUUUAUACUCAGUGACCUCUGUUAUCAUUUACAAGGAGAGCUUGAAGGGAGAAAAAUUGGUAUUGGACCAUUCAAAGAAUUAUCUCAGUUUCUUGUUGAAUCAAAUUUUUUGGGAACGUAUCAGCACCAGUUCAAUGAAGACUCUUUUGUGCAAAAUUUGUACUUGUUUGACCUAAUACACUUGCGAGCAGAUUUGAGAUUAGAUGUGUGGGAUUGUUCUAAUUGGAGAACAUCCAAGGAGAUUGCAGAAACCAUGUUGCGUCUCCUGCAGGAUGCAAACUCGGUUAUGUUGCUCUCAAGUUCAAAGCUUUCUGCAUUAAAAGGAUUGAUAGCUGUGAUGGCUGUCUACCAUGAUGAUUCACUAGGGAGGGGUACUACAGGAGAGAGGAUCCCAGAUGAACACGUAUUCACAUGCAUAGAUAACAUAUGCCAAUCUUUCCUUGCAACCAUAGAGACUUUAUCACCUGUUCUUGAUGCCUCUGAGGACAUACUCAAUUUUCUUGCAUGUCAAGUAGAGUUACUCCUCGAGUUGACAAGAACUGUAUGCAAAAGCCUCUCCUUAUCUGUGUCUCUACUUGUUUUGAAAUGUGCAAGUUCAGGUCUUAAACUGUUGAGUGAACUUAAGUUGUUACCUUCUGGGGCUAAUGUGAUCAUGAAACUAUUGCUCACAUUGCUGCUUUUGGUACUACAGUCCAAUUCCCUCAAUUCACAUUCAGGUGGGGCAACAGAUGAGGGUUCUGUUGAGGACUUCUCAAAGGUUUCAAAUGCAACCCUAGGCCUUCUGCCCAUUCUUUGCAACUGCAUUGCAACUUCUGAGCAUUGCAUGCUAUCCCUGUCAGUUAUGGACUUGAUACUGAGAAGCUUCUUGAUGCCCAGGACAUGGUUACCUGUCCUGCAGAAUCAUCUCCAGCUGCAGCGUGUUAUGCUAAAACUCCAAGACAAAAAUCAUUCUUCAAUUCCAAUAAUAAUGAAGUUCUUUUUGACCCUUGCACGGGUUAAAGGAGGUGCCGAGAUGCUUUAUUGUUCUGGCUUCUUGUCAUCUAUUAGAGUGCUGUUUGCUGAAUCUGGUGAGGCUUUCUCAAGAACUGGUAGUGAGAAUCCGGGCAGCUCAUGUGAAAAGUUUGAAAUGCCUCAAGACAUUUGGAGACUUGGAUUAGCUGUGGUUACUGCUAUGGUUCGAUCCUUGGGAGACAGUUCUUCUGGCACUGCUAUUGUGGACAACAUGAUACCUUACUUUUUUACAGAGAAAGCUCAUCUCAUUUUUUAUUCCCUAAAUGCCCCUGACUUUCCUUCUGAUGAUCAUGACAAGAAAAGACCUCGGGCACAGAGGUCAUGGGUUUCUUUUGCUACUCUUAAAGAAACAGAACAUACUUUGAUGCUCAUGUGUGAGCUAGGAAAACAUUGGAAUUCAUGGGUUAAGGCAAUAAAAAAUGUGGAUAGACAGCUUAGAGAGAAGUGCAUCCAUCUUUUAGCCUUCAUUAGCAGGGGAACACAACGCCUUGGUGAAUCGUCAAGCAGGAAUGUCCCUCUUUUGUGUCCACCUACUGUUAAAGAGGAUUUUGAAAUUUACUUAAAACCUUCAUUUGUCAAUAGCAGAAAUGGAUGGUUUUCUCUUUCACCACUUGGAUGUGUGCCAAAACCGAAGAUCUCUUCUUUCUCAACUGCAUUAUCUAUCUAUGGUCAAGCAGCUGAUAGUACUGAUCCUGUUCAAAAAACAUGCUUCUCUGACACUGUUGCAGUGCAGAUAUAUAGAAAUACAUUUCUUCUUUUAAAGUUUCUCUGUUUACAAGCCGAGGGUGCUGCUAAAAGGGCUGAGGAAGUUGGGUUUGUUGAUCUUGCACAUUUUCCUGAGCUUCCAAUGCCAGAAAUCUUGCAUGGACUGCAGGAUCAAGCAAUUGCUAUAAUUACGGAGCUCUGUCAAGCCAACAAACUGAGGGUUUCCCCAGAAACACACAAUGUUUGCAACUUAUUGUUGCAAAUACUUGAAAUGGCCUUGCACUUGGAACUUUGUGUUCUACAAAUUUGUGGCAUUCGACCUGUAUUAGGGCGUGUGGAGGACUUUUCAAAGGAAGCCAAUUCUUUAUUUAGUGCAUUGGAGGGCCAUGCUUUUCUAAAAGCAUCUAGUAAGUCUUUAAAACAGAUGAUAUCAUGUGUCUAUCCUGGAUUGCUGCAAGCGGAGAGUUUGAUAUGAGAUUUGGCGUGGACAUAAAUAACAUUUAGUUGUACAGAAUUUCAUAGUGCCAAGUAGUCAGCUUUCUUCUUCCACUCUCUGGAUUUAUGAAUGUGCAUUUUCUUUUCACCAUUCUUUGUGAUUCUACAUAUAGCUCUUUUUCUGUGAGAUAAAGUUGUCGUCAGGCAUCAGUGGGAAUAAUUCAUAUGUAGUGUGUUGCUUGAUUAACGGUAAAAAAUGAAUCCCUUCGGGAGGAUCCUAUUCAAAAGGUAGAUAAGUUUGACCCAAUUUCGCAAGGGAGGUCAAAUACUUGAU